UGGGAACAUGCUCCUCGGAGAGAAAAAGCCUGCAAGAGAUAUGCGAAUCAAUUAGGACGGACGACAGUCUGUUUACGAUGUUUCGUUUGAACCCAGAGCCGAUAACGUGUCCUUUUAAUGGGGCACCUUACACAUUCACCUACAACCGCGGUGAUAAAGAAUGCAAUUCUCCAGUUAGUGUCGCUGAAAGCUGCACUGAUCCCACCGAGGAACUGCAGUGUCUUGCUCUUUGGAAGGAUGGAAGGAACAAAUAUUUGGUCGGCACUCUCAAGCUGUUUGGAAGGAGCGCCGCAACUAAUGAGGAAACAUUCAGAUGUUUCCUGUAUGAGAGAAAUCAUCAUGGUGAAAAAGUAACUUAUGACAUUGCGCAAUCCGGCGACUCAACUUGCUCGGCAUUGAACGACGUAUCCCAAGGAUCGAGAACUAUUAAAUUGACUAAAGUUGAUAGAGAGCACAAUAAAUGUAAGUACCCACAAUGGGUGACUAAGCACCACGCCUGGCACUCUUUGGACGGAACCAGGGCUUACCACUUCACCACCGGGAAUGCGACGCUCAAGGUUGAGCAGAGUAAGGACCAGCAGAACAAGGGGCACAAGUACGAGGAGAGAAUCGUCUGUCAUAAUCUCGAGAGUAUUGAUAGUCCGGACAAGAAAGUGAAGCUCGUUGCUCACAUAACGAGUGGCUGCGAUAUUGGCUACGUCUGCAUGAUCUUCCACAGAAGAAGUGCUGGCGUGAUCGAGCUCCAGCAAUCAAAUGUCAAAACAAUUUUACCUGAAGAAGCAUGCAAGCAGCAGGAAGAUCUAUCAGUGAUGCCGUAUAUAACUUUAAUAACAUCGACGUUAGAGAAGAAGAGAUGUCCGCAACCUGGACGUUACCACGUCGUAAAUUACGGAUCCUCUCACGCGCUGUCCACACCGCCGCGUCGCCAACGCAAGGACACAAACAUCCAGAUCCGCGACACCCCGUCGUCUUCUUCUUCUUCAUUGUCAUCUUCAGUGUCCUCGUCAAUUUCGCAACGCGCUGCUGAGAAACGGACCUGGGAAGAAAAGAACGACGACGAGCAGUGCAGCGUUUCUGACAUACAAAUCGGAUGCACCACUUCUGAUCAAAGUGAAAUGAUUAUCAUCAACACCUGUGAAGAUAAACACGAAGCAUACACAUGUCAUGACAGCUGGGAAGAAAAAGGAGUCUGGUACACAAUAGUCUCGCAAAAACAAAAGAGCCUGAGCGGUAUCAGCAUAAACGUAAACAGCGGGAGCAGCAUCGGGAGUGAAUCCGCGGUGACAAAUGCGAGCUUCUGCUUCUCGAUGCGCUGGGUUGAUCCGACGCCUAAAUUGUCUGGUAGAGGCUCAAGAGUCGAACAAGAACAAGAGUUGAGGCUGACUUGGCCGGUACGCGAGUUCCAGAGGGACGAUCCUAAUCAAUGGACUUACAAGCUUUCUAAUCAAGGUGUAUGUGAAGAUAUAACCCGCGCUAGCGCGACUUCAGCGUCAUCAUUCUCGCGCGUGUCUUUAGUCCUAUCAGCGGGCGCAGCAAUAAUCUGCGAAUUGUUGUCAAGAUGA